GUUAUUGGCUGCAUGUAAACGCAGUCACAGCUAUAUUUCACAUUAGAGGAGCCACGCGCAUACAUUACUCAGUUUUGUUCAACUUUAUUCACUUUGAGACUGCAAAUACGUGCAAAAAAGUUGGAGUUCAUGGGAUUACAUCUGAAAACUUGAAGAAUAAUAGUUUCUUGCAACUGCAGUUACACACAUACACACAAUGGUGCGCACAGGUGUUGUAGUGUUACUCUGUGUAUGUCUGAAUGUGUGCACCGCUUUGGUUUGUCCUGAUGGAGGAGUAUGUGCAGACGGAAACACCUGCUGUCUAACACUGUCGGGAGGGUACGGAUGCUGCCCCCUGCCCAAUGCAGAGUGCUGUUCAGACCACUUGCAUUGCUGUUAUGAGGGCACUUUGUGUGACCUUGAACAUGCCAAGUGUGUAAACAAGACGCAUAUCUUAGAUUGGGUGGAAAAAGUUGCCACAAAGCAGGAGGCUGUGGUUUGUCCAGAUCAGGUGUCUGAGUGUCCCGACGACAGCACCUGUUGCCAGAUGCCUGAUGGGACCUGGGGCUGUUGUCCUUUAAAAAAUGCUGUGUGUUGUUCAGAUAAGCGACACUGCUGUCCUGAAGGCACGACCUGUGACCUCGAGCAUUCAAAGUGCGUGUCGCCCACUUACAGUCCCUCUCCUCUCUGGAGAAAGUUUGCCGCCCGCCGCAGGACACCGAUAGAUAAACAAGCAGAUUCACCUACAGAAACCAGUGACAUUAACGAUGUGGUCUGUCCUGACCAGACAUCCAGUUGUCCAGAUAAUACAACAUGCUGUCAGCUGGGCAGUGGGUCCUAUGGAUGCUGCCCGAUGCCAAAGGCUGUGUGUUGUUCUGAUCACGUGCACUGCUGUCCAGAGGGCACAACCUGUGACCUCGUCCACGUCGCCUGUGUGUCAGACAGUGGGGUCACGCCAAUGGCCGUUAAAAUCCCAGCAUUCACUUCCAGAGAUGAAGCAGUUCCCUGUAAUACAACUGUAGCAUGCGCAAGCGGCACUACCUGCUGUAAAACCCUUGAGGGCGUCUGGGCCUGCUGUCCUCUACCCAAGGCUGUGUGUUGUGAAGACCACGCCCACUGCUGUCCGCACGAUACUGUGUGUAACAUCGCUGCAGGCACCUGUGACAACCCUGCUGUCCUCUCCAUAUCUGUGCCCUGGGUGGAAAAAGUGCCCACCUUUCCAAUAGCGGCCAAUCAGAAAUGCGAUGAGACGUCGACGUGCCCUGAUGAUGCCACCUGCUGCCGCCUGGCGUCUGGAAAGUGGGGGUGCUGCCCAUUGCCACAAGCGGUGUGUUGCGAUGACCAUAUCCACUGUUGUCCAAACGGCACUGUGUGUAAUGUGGCUGCCAGCACUUGUGAUGGUGCCAACGAUCAGGGUGCUUUUAUUUCUGUGCCUAUGGUGAGGAAGAUCACUGCCGUGACUCUGCCAUCCCAAAACCAAAACUGUGAUGAGACGUCUGUCUGUCCAGCGGGGAACACCUGCUGUAAACUGAACUCGGGUGCUUGGGGGUGCUGCCCUCUGCCACAGGCCGUGUGCUGUGCGGAUGGUGAGCACUGCUGUCCGCAGGGAUCCAAGUGUGACGUCACUCACCAAACCUGUGUCCGAUCUGGCCUUCCCAGCAUGCCCUGGUUCAAGAAGCUACUUGCGCAGCCGGACAUUAAUGCUGAGGUUCCUGCACUGACACAUUCAGAGGACAGAAACAUGUGUGACAAUCACACCAGCUGUCCACGAGACGACACUUGCUGCUAUAUGAACAAACUGAGCAAGUGGGGGUGCUGUCCUCUGCCAAAGGCGGUAUGUUGUGAGGAUGGAGACCAUUGCUGUCCCAGUGGUUAUAAGUGUAACGAAGGAAAAACGACCUGCACUAAAGCCAAUCACGAGAUCCCAUGGUACAGAAAACAGGAGGCCAAGGUCACUCAGAAGUCUGCGGUGUUGCUUGGAGACAAAGAUGUACAAUGUGACUCCACCACCAGUUGCGCAUCAGGAUCAACCUGCUGUAAAUUACCCACAGGGAGCUGGGGCUGCUGCCCUCUUGUCGAGGCUGUGUGUUGUGAAGAUCAUAUACACUGCUGCCCACAGGGCUACACCUGUAAUCCUCAGGCUGCAACCUGUAUCAAACCCUUAACUACACACAGUGUCUCAAUGACACGAACACGCACACGCUCUGAUGAUGAUGAAGAUGUGAUGUGUGAUGCAACCACACGCUGUUCAAAGACACAGAGCUGCUGUAAACUAUCAGACUCAACGUGGGCUUGCUGUCCAUAUAAAGAGGCGGUGUGUUGUAAAGAUAUGAAGCACUGUUGCCCUAUGGGAUACAAAUGUGAUAUGGAAGUGAAAGGUUGCACUAAAGAGUCCAUGGACAGCUGGUGGGACAAUGCACUUUAAGCAAAGAUGGUGCUUGCAAAAUGUCACUCCUACUGAUUUUAUACUGACGCUGAUUCUCAUCUGCACGCAAACCGGUGCCAAUCUUUUUUCUGGACCGGGGAAUCUGCAUCCAAUGUUUUAGUUUUUACCAGAAUAAAAGUCCUGUGGUUAAGAAUAAAAUUUAAAUGCUACAUUUUAAUAUUAAAGAAAAAGUUCACCCCAAAACAAAAACGUUGUCAUUAUUUACUUACCCUCAUGUCAUGUGAUCAUCCAAUAUCUUUGUUCUUCAGAACCCAAAUGCCUUUAUAUAUAUAUAUAUAUAAUAUAUAUUUAGUUUUGGGUUUUCUUGUUACUAUGGGAGUGGACGGUUAUCGCCUUUUCAAACCUCAAAAGGAUUCUUAAGUGUUAAAUAAAAACUCCACUGGACUCGUGACGUAUAUUUUAACUCUUGCGAAAGCGUUUGGUGAAAAACAAAAUAAAAUAUCAUCAUUAUAAUCCAUUUUUUGAGCUGUGUCUGUCUUUCAGCGCACAUUCUCUUGUUUGGGCAGUUUUAGGAUGUUUGCUUUAAAAUAAUGUGUAACAAAAAGAAGAAAGUAUUUGGACUAGUCGAAUGGCUAUUUAUUUAACACUUUUGGGUCCUUUUAAUGCUUAAAGGGUUUUUUGGUUACUAGUGGAGUGGAACCAGAAGACUCAGUCACCAUCCACUCCCAUAGUAACCUGAAAACCCAAAACAACCCUUCAUAUAAUCGGCAUUUGUGUUCUGAAGAAUUAAAAACAUUGGUGGUUCAAAUGAGUUCAAGUUUUUGUUUUGGGAUGAACUAUCCCUUUAAUAUUUUAAAUGGACUCAACUUUUCUGCGUUUCACAGUUUUUGAAGAGUUCAGGACGUUUUUUUUUUGCACCAUUAUGAGAAUUUAAGCAUAAAAAUAUUUUCAGAUCUUGUACUAAAUUUGAAAAGCUGCAGAGAUUUAAAGUGGACUGUAUACAAAACUGAAACCUAAACUUUAAUAACAACUGAUUAUACAAUAUGAUUUCGAUAAAUAUUUUUCCAGGCGUGACUGGACUUGAGCUUUGAUGUGAUUGAAAAUUCCCAAAUAUGUCACAAGUUAACCAUCUCAUUUCUGGUAGAUUAAAAGUUUAAUGCAGGAAAAUCAAAUGAUUCGCUUUUCAUGCUGAAUGUUUUAUUUAGAUUGGCCGCUUCUGACUAAACAUUUUUAAACAUUUUAUCAAUGCCUGAAAAAUAUUUAUAAAUAUUGGAUUUAGGAGAAACACAUGUGUCAUUCUCAUUAUUCCCUAUAUAGUAUAUUUUAAGCUUUAUGUUUUCUUAAGGGUGAGUUCAAUCUGACUGAGCAAUUGUUACUUCAGAUUUUUUUCUUUUUUUGCUAAAUUUGUUUUGUCAAGCAAAAAGACUGAAAUAAAUUCUUUUAAAAUAGA